AGAUACGAAGCAUAGCGGAGAGAGAAAGUGUGAGCGUGAGACAGAAAGAACUAGAUGCUGUGUUUAACCAUGAAGAUGCCAAAAAAGUUUCUCUCUCUCUUUCGUAUCUUUGUGCUCUUAACUGGCUUCUCAAUUAUUUGCAUGGGAGCCUUUUGCAUUUCCACAGGCUCCUCUCUGUGCAGAUGUGGGAAUAAUCUGCCCGUUGCUUAUUCUCUGUUACCUUUGGGGUUCUUACUCCUUGUGACUGGGAUUUUCUGGAGCACGUACCAUGAAGUCAGAAAAAACAAAAACCUGUUCUAUAUUUUGCAGAGAAAUCCCAGCCAUAGAGAAACGCACAUCAACACCAUAGACAGGCCUGAUUUCUACCCUCCGUGCUAUGAAGAUAGCACUGAUCCGGGAAAGCAGACUUUCCCAAUAUCACUCUCCCUUUCAGCAAGAGAGGAAGAGCUCUACAACAUCCCUCCACCACUGUAUACUGAAAGCAGCAUGGAAUUCAUAGAUGAAACCAGCCUUCAGGAGGAACAACCACCAUCAUAUGAAAUGUCUGUGCAGCAGCAGCAGCCAACAACCGAGCAUGACUCAAAUACAGAAGGAGUUUCAGGCACUUGUCAUGCACCCAUGCCAGGAGUCAGUUGCUAAUAAUACGAACUGUGAAAGGACUUUAGAGGGACCAAAGCACGUCAGUUAUUCCGAGACAAAGUCAGUGAUUAAGACACUGAAUGUGCAAAGUGGUGUUGGAAAAGACAUGGGACAGUGCUAUAUAAUACUACUGUAUUAUACUAACGGGUGCAACAGUUGCCUGGGGACAGCAUUGACCACAAUCCAUUCAUGUGGCAUUAGAGAGGUUGUUUGAGGAGGUUCCCAGUAUUUUAAAACAAGAACAGCAUUCUCUGGCCUUUAAAGAGUUUGCUAAUGAUAUUAAGUAUAACUCAUAAUUGUUGGCUCAAGCCAACAUCAGAGCAGCCUGUUUUCACGUUUCAAUAUUUCACUAUGCCCACUCAAAAAAGUCAGUACCAAAUACAUUCAUUGUACUCUGUUCACUAUCUCUAGAUGAUCUGUUUAUGAAAGAUUUUUUCAUACCAAAUAUCCAACAAAUUAAUUUCCUUUUCAUAGCCCGUAUUUCAUUUUCUGCUCACGUCAGCGCAUCAAGAUCUUGAGCGAAAACGCCCUUAAGAUAUAAAUGACUGUACUGUACCUUGAUACAUUGGCUACCAAUGUACAGAAGCCAUUAUUUUUUACACUGGAAGGAAAAUGUUAGUGUUGCUGCUUAAUGCUCCUCUAUUUAUUAAUUUCAAUCUCUUUCUCGCAUCUCAUCUUUUGGUGCAAGUCCCCAUCUGUUUUUCCAUUAAUAUUUCCUGAUCUGGAAGACCUAUUAAUUCAUUAGCUAAUAGUUGGGGUUUUGUGUUCUGUUGUUUGUAACAGUUGAGUAUUUUUCUAGCAUGAGUGUUUGGAGAUAACUGCUUUACUUUGUGUUAAUAGCUGAUACUUUAAUAUUGCAUUGAAUUCAUCUGUUUAUUUCAAUAAAUUUUUUCAAACCACAUCUGAAUUAGAAAUGAGGUUUCUGUACUUCCAGGUGGAUGUACAACACCCAAUCUGAGCUCAGUCAUUGCUGCACACUAAUGAGGCAACCCCAGUUUCAUAGCACAGCUCCUGAAAGAAUAACACAGAUUGUUUGCAGAAAAAAGCCU